UGGUGAACCGAAUCCAUGAGGUGUAAACAUCUAGGGGUGUGGAGAUGCAUUUGCUUAUCCACCGAGGACAUAUGUAGAGUGUGUCGGUCAGAAGGAACACCCGAGAAACCUCUUUAUCAUCCGUGUGUGUGCACUGGCAGUAUUAAGUUUAUCCAUCAAGAAUGCUUAGUUCAAUGGCUGAAACACAGUCGAAAAGAAUACUGUGAAUUAUGCAAGCACAGGUUUGCUUUCACACCAAUUUAUUCUCCAGAUAUGCCUUCACGGCUUCCAAUCCAAGACAUAUUUGCCGGACUGGUUACAAGUAUUGGCACGGCAAUACGAUACUGGUUUCAUUAUACACUUGUGGCCUUUGCGUGGUUGGGAGUGGUUCCUCUUACAGCAUGCCGGAUCUACAAGUGCUUGUUUACUGGCUCCGUGAGCUCACUACUGACACUGCCACUGGACAUGCUGUCCACGGACAAUUUAUUGGCGGAUUGUUUGCAGGGUUGUUUCGUCGUGACGUGCACGCUGUGUGCAUUCAUCAGCCUCGUGUGGCUGCGGGAGCAGAUAGUCCACGGGGGCGCCCCGGUUUGGUUGGAGCACGCCGCCCCGCCCUUCCACGCUGCCGGGCACCACCACAACGAGGCUCCAGCGGGAGGAAAUGGUGCUGAAAACGCGGCCCCCGACCAGCCCGCUAACCCGCCGGCCGAGAACGCGGUGGUGGGAGAAAACCCUGAGGCCCAGGAUGAUCAGGCGGAGGAGGAGGAGGAGGAGAACGAGGAGGAGGAGGACGCGGGCGGGGAGGAUGCCGCCGAUGCCAACAAUGGGGCCCAAGAUGACAUGAACUGGAAUGCUUUAGAGUGGGACCGAGCUGCAGAGGAACUUACGUGGGAAAGAAUGCUAGGACUUGAUGGAUCACUAGUUUUUCUAGAACAUGUCUUCUGGGUGGUGUCUCUAAACACGCUCUUCAUUCUUGUUUUUGCAUUUUGCCCUUACCAUAUUGGUCAUUUCUCCCUUGUUGGUUUGGGAUUUGAAGAACACGUCCAAGCAUCUCAUUUUGAAGGUCUAAUCACAACGAUAGUUGGAUAUAUACUUUUAGCGAUAACCCUGAUCAUCUGUCAUGGGUUGGCCACUCUGGUUAAAUUUCACAGGUCUCGUCGCUUACUGGGAGUCUGCUAUAUUGUUGUCAAGGUCUCUCUGCUUGUGGUGGUAGAAAUUGGAGUGUUCCCGCUCAUUUGUGGCUGGUGGCUGGAUAUCUGUUCCCUGGAAAUGUUUGAUGCUACCUUGAAAGAUCGAGAACUGAGCUUUCAGUCAGCGCCGGGGACCACCAUGUUUCUGCACUGGCUGGUGGGGAUGGUCUAUGUGUUCUACUUCGCCUCCUUCAUUCUGUUGCUGCGAGAGGUACUUCGACCUGGUGUCUUAUGGUUUCUAAGGAAUUUGAAUGAUCCAGAUUUUAAUCCAGUACAAGAAAUGAUCCAUUUGCCCAUUUAUAGGCAUCUCCGAAGAUUUAUUUUGUCAGUGAUUGUCUUCGGCUCCAUUGUUCUCCUGAUGCUUUGGCUUCCUAUACGUAUAAUUAAGAGUCUGCUGCCUCAUUUUCUUCCCUACAACGUCAUGCUCUAUAGUGACGCUCCGGUGAGCGAGCUGUCCCUCGAGCUGCUCCUGCUCCAGGUGGUCUUGCCGGCGCUGCUGGAACAGGGCCACACGCGGCAGUGGCUGAAGGGGCUCGUGCGAGCGUGGACCGUAACUGCUGGGUACUUGCUGGAUCUUCACUCCUAUUUAUUGGGAGACCAGGAAGAAAACGAGAACAGUGCAAACCAGCAAGUUAACAACAAUCAGCACGCUCGAAAUAACAACGCUGUUCCCGUGGUGGGGGAAGGCCUGCACGCGGCCCACCAAGCCAUACUCCAGCAGGGGGGGCCUGUCGGCUUUCAGCCUUACCGCCGGCCUUUAAAUUUUCCACUCAGGAUAUUUUUGUUGAUUGUCUUCAUGUGUAUAACCUUACUGAUUGCCAGCCUCAUCUGCCUUACUUUACCAGUAUUUGCUGGCCGUUGGUUAAUGUCAUUUUGGACGGGGACUGCCAAAAUUCAUGAACUCUACACAGCUGCUUGUGGCCUAUACGUUUGUUGGCUGACCAUACGGGCUGUGACGGUGCUGGUGGCGUGGAUGCCGCAGGGACGCAGGGUGAUCUUCCAGAAGGUGAAAGAGUGGUCCCUCAUGAUCAUGAAGACUUUGGUGGUCGCUGUGCUGCUGGCCGGGGUCGUCCCGCUCCUGCUGGGGCUCCUGUUUGAGCUGGUGAUCGUCGCCCCCCUGCGGGUCCCCUUGGAUCAGACUCCCCUUUUCUACCCGUGGCAGGACUGGGCGCUCGGAGUCCUGCACGCCAAAAUCAUCGCGGCUAUAACACUGAUGGGCCCCCAGUGGUGGUUGAAAACAGUCAUCGAGCAGGUUUAUGCAAAUGGCAUCCGGAACAUUGACCUUCACUAUAUCAUUCGCAAGCUGGCGGCGCCAGUGAUCUCUGUGCUCUUGCUCUCCCUGUGCGUCCCUUACGUCAUUGCGUCUGGCGUCGUUCCUGUGCUAGGUGUCACUGCGGAAAUGCAAAACUUGGUCCAUCGGCGAAUUUAUCCGUUUUUACUGAUGGUUGUGGUUUUGAUGGGGAUCUUGUCCUUCCAGGUCCGCCAGUUUAAGCGCCUUUAUGAACAUAUUAAAAACGACAAGUACCUUGUGGGCCAACGCCUCGUGAAUUACGAACGGAAGUCUGGCAAGCAAGGCACGUCUCCGCCACCUCCGCAGUCGUCCCAAGAAUAAAGCGUGGUCUCAACUACCUUGACCUUCCCCUUGCCUUUACGUGUCCUUUUUUGUGGACUUCUCUCUCUGGGGAUUUUUCCCAGCGAUCUCUCAGCAUUGUUUUUAAGUUAACUGUAUUUGACUUGUGUCCCAGCAUUCAGAGAGCAGCGGGACGAGGCCCCGCUGCCCUCCCUGCGUCUUGCGCCGCCGUCGCGGCCUGAGAUGUGUACAUGUGUACAUAGAGGUUCCCGGAUGCUCUAAACCUUGGAUUGAACAGAAUGUGCAUUGUACAUCUUUAAACAAAUGUAUAUUAAUUUAUUAAAUCUAGUUGUCACUUUAUUUUGGACCUGCUGUGAUCUUGACAGGAAACGUGCCACAGAGCCAUAGUGCAGAGGCAAAACUUUUUAAUGACGUCCUUUGGAGCGCGAUGUCCCCGUGUUCCUAGCAGUUCUUAUUAAGUAAACUGUGCAUUCUGUCUGUCUCGGCUGUUCAGACCUUACCAAGAACUUACAAGGAAACCAGUAGAAAUCAGCAGUGGAGUGUCUGUGGUAAGAGAACAUGGACUUUGUGCUUCACUGUCCGUCGUUUUUGGAAGUUAUUUUGUAUAACACCAAAGCUGUUGUACAUUUUCUACUGCCUGAUUUUUUUUCAUGUGUCUGUGUUUAUAAUAUUGUAUAGUGUCUUGUGCUAGGUGAAGAAAUUAUUUUUAAUUUUGAUAAUUUAAUAUUCCUGGUGAUCAGCAGUAGGGGUUGGUUUUUUGUGCUUGUUGGAGGCAUGUCUAUACUUAGAGAAAAAAAGUCCACAAGAACAUUUUCAUCGGUUCCCUCCAGCCCCCCUUUUCCACACACAGCUCUUUUUUCCCCUUUUUGGCAGCAGUGGCCAAAAACCAUGCAGGAUCACGAGUCUUCGGGACUCCCGUCACCAACAGCACCACAUCUGACUGGAAUUAGGGCCCCCGGGUGUCAGCUAAUCGCAGCCGCUGUCUGCGCGGUGACUGGUGACGGGCAGCGCCAGGGAGACCGCCCGGGGCCCCGGUCCUGCUGCCCAGUGCGCCCGUUGGGUGGGGAUGAGGGGUCCGUUUCUCCUAGUUUCCGGGAGUAAAUCUCAAAGUUUCCAGAGCUUUUUGUUUGCAGAAUAAAACUGCAAAUGAAACCAACGUGAUUUUACUUGGCCCGCAGGACGCUGGCUUGAGCCGGCCUUCUUACCGUCGGAGUAAGAGGGCGUUUCACUGGCGAUGAGCCGGGAGACCUCGGAGAACUGAGCACUUAGAAUCUGGCUCUCCCUUCUCCCCAAAGCUUCAGGGAGGAAGUAUUGAGAGCAGUAGAACAGUGGGGCGCACGGUCCCAGUAUUUAAUGGCAGGGGUGCAUCGUCCGGGCGGGGUUUGCGCUCCGGGUGCUCAGAGACAGCGGGCCGCAGACGCCCUCAGGACGCUCAAGUGAGAGUUUCCGAAGAGUAUUAAUUCUGUAGACUGCAGUCUGAAGAUUUUUAAAAUACGAAAGUCAGCCAAACUUAAGCUACCAAAAAAGCAAACAUAUUCUGGUGGUUUUAUAUUUCAACAGUUUUUCCUGAAGUGGUGAUUACUUUAAAAUAUAGUUUAAAACAUCAGUAUCAAAAAAAAAAAAGCUUGACAUGGGGUUCAGUGUUACACCGUCUAGCACUUUGUAGCAGUUCCUUCUCCUGUAUUUGAAAUGAGGGCUGUCUGAGCCCUGCGUUUGCAUAGAGAUGGCUCCUAUUUUAAAAACGAGGAGCAUUUUAAAAUGCCGUGUCACCUGUCAUGGUGUAUGUCUAUAAAAUGUUCUCUUUGGGAGGAAAAUUAUGAUCAUUUGGGCAUAGAACUUGAUUAUAUUAAUUUAGGUUUCUUUUUUAAUUUUCCAGAGAAAUUUAUAGAUCUUGGUAUAAAGUCAUUGGAACACAUUUACCCGUUUUACCAGAAAGCGAUCUAGGCAGAUAACCACAAAAUAUUAAAAAUUGUUAUUCUACAAAAUUUUAAAUGAAUCUUAUCAAACACUUUGCAAAAAGAAAAAAUAGAGAAGAAAGAUAAAACCUACAUAUGUAUGAAUUGAACAUAUAUGAAUGGCCAAAACGUUGCCCUCCAUUUCACCGGCAGGUGAUUUUAUCUUGUUGUAUUUAAGGAUUUCCUUUUGGUUUUCAGUCGUGCUUUGUCCCGUUUUCAGGAAGAUGAACAUUUCAUACGGAAAGCAUCUGCUGACAAAAUAUGUACAUGGGCAGCACCAGAAUUUUAUUUUUAACCAACCGUCUCACGAACAUUUGAAACCUCUGGUUCAAAAAGUUCUAGUAUUGCUGCCCUUCAUGUAGAAUUUUUUUUUUAAAUACUAGUGUAGUUUUGCUUCAUUUUACAUUGGGCUAAAGCCGUCUUCAAGGAAAUUAAUUACGAAAGAAGACCAUUUUGCUUUAAUUUAAUUGUUCAUAAAUUGAAGACAAAUCAACAUUUGGGGAGUGAGUUUGACAUGGCCAGUUAUCAGAUGGUCAUAUUAUAAAGUGUGCAGUUGUUCAUGUUAGCAAAUUAUGUUUGAUUUUUAAACAAUUAAGUACUAACGGUUGAGAAGAAAAGAAGAAAAUGCCAAUGUGAGGUUUAUGUAUAGCUAGCCUUAAAAAAGUUGUGUGUUUUUAGGUGAUUUUUCUUCCUGCUCUCUGGAGAAACAGUGGAAAUUGGACAUCUCAAUUCCAGAUGUAAACAAAAAGUAAUUUUUAUUUCAACAUUUAAUAUAGCUGUUAUUACUGUGGA